AUGAGCACGCUCUGCUUCUGGGUCCGCGUUUUCCUACCAUUUCAGGAGUCACCACGACCCAGCCUUUCCCAAGUUCCAGCAAUUUAUCUAGUCUGUCUACGACUCUGGCAUUGGGCGGGGACAGCAACCCCUACUCUCACUGGUAUAUCAAUAGUGUCCAACAGCAGUUCGUUCCCCGCAAGCCUGCAUACAUGCCACCCGAAGACUAACCAUCUAAAUCCCAGAUCAUUCGAUCCAGCGAAGAAUGCGUACGAUAAAGCGGUCGAUAUUCUGCGAAAGGAGCUUACAGCAGCCGAGUGUCAAGUAAUAUGGCUACAAAAGCAAAAUUCAAUUCAGGAUGUCAGAUCGGCUCUUGAAAAAGCUUUGGAGGAAUACCAGAAGAAAUCAAAGGCUUCAAAGGCUCGAGACUGGCUGGCAAAAUGCUCGUCUCGAGUAAUGUACUAUGGAGGUUGGCUGAAGUUACUUUACACCGAGUUCUUCAGGAAUGAAACUCAUUACGAGACAGCUGUGUUUGACACGUUCUCGCAACAUCAUCCCGAAUACGUAUCCCUGGCCUGGGGUGCCUUCAAGUUUAUAUUCAUUGCGGUUCUCAACUACGAGGAGCUGCUUGUGGAGGUCUCAAAAGCUGUUUCUCGAAUCGCCGACGUGCUGCCUCGGACCGAGCUCCACUCGCUACUCUAUUCUACCCCACAAAUGCAGGAGACCGUGGCUCAGCUCUAUGCAAAAAUCCUAGAAUUCUCGAUAAUUGCUAUCAGGUUCUAUAAGAAAGGAAAAUUGUCACAUUCUAUUGCCUCCAUUGUCAAGCCCUUUAGCUUGACCUUCAAGCCAAUCAUUGAAGAAAUCAGGGAGAGGUCAAUACGUGUUGAUGAGCUUGCUAGUGCGCUUUCUAAAGCCGAGAUCAGAGACCUUCAUGUGAAGGUCCAUGGGCUCAGCCAGUCGGUAGCACAACUGACUGAAAUGAUGGUUUGUCAUAAUAUUUCCACAACGACUGAUUCUGGCGCAGUGCAAAACCAGUCAAUCCUAUCUCUUCAAACGCAACACAAGCAAAUGUUUCAAAGCACGCAAAUAGAUGCCAUACGAUCAGCGAUACUGAUCUCGGACACUCCAAUCGCAGCCGAUAGCCUGGACUGGUGUCGGUCUAUGCGAAAUCGUCGCCGGCAAAGGUCUGUUACUCAAUUGCCUUUACUGGCGAUAUCUAGGCUCAAGCUCUGGGUCUCCAAUUCAACUUCCUCUCUACUACUUGCAGAAGAGAGAGGUGUCACUACGAGUGCGGUCGAUUUUGCCGCAGACUUUAUCGACAUCGUCCUUGAACACGAGUACCCAGUUGUUUGGGCUCUUCCAUCAACUACCACCGUGUCCAAGGAGACAGCAGAGCCAGUGUCGGUGUCUGGAGUUCUUAGAUCUCUCAUAUCCCAAAUCAUCACAGUUAACCCUGGCCUUGUAGUUGAAAGUGCUACCCCCCUUACAGCCCAGCAUUUCAAGAGUCCCAUGACGAUUCAAAAAUGGUUUAACGUCUUUGAACGAUGUAUUGCAAACUCUUCACGCUUGUUUGUCGUAAUUGAUAUGAGCCUUAUUGAAGCGGCUUUACAACAUGAAGAGUCGGAGGCACAGUCCUUCAGUAUGGACGAGUUCGUUGAGCAGAUGGUGGUUAUAGUGUCACGAAAGGUGUCUGGGGGCCUUAAGGUGGUUAUCGCUUCAUGGAGACUCGGCUCAUUCACGAAUCUAGACCCCGAGGAGGUUUUCAACGAGAAUCGGAUAUAUACAGACAGAGGGCGGCGCGUAGAGAUGAUGAUGAAACAACCAAGGCCCCCCUCGGGAAUUUAUCCGGGUAGAAGACUGCCUCCUCCAAGACCCCCUCAAAUAAGAGCAAAGAAUACAAGACCUAGGCCCCUUCCGAGCUCACGCGGGCCUCAAACUUGGAUGGAGCCGCCUCGCAGACAGAGUAGGCCACACGGGAGCUACUCAGAAUUGAAGUCAUCGAGGAGCUCCAAAUGGCGAAGAAAAUUGCAAGAAACCCGCGACCCGAUUUCCAGCCACAGCCUCCAAGAUUCAAGCGCAGAAAACACGUCUCAACCUAUUGGGGAUGACAUUAGCAAUGUUCCAGGAGAUGGGGAUGAUGCAGGGGAUCACUUAGUAACCACUCAUCAGAAACCGGCCAAAGUAGAUUCUCUCGCAGAAUCGCUGAGCACGCUCGCAGAGCAACACCUCAAACUCGACGUUCUGGACGAAUCCAAGAACGUUCCAAGUUUCAUAUCCUACCUUCUCGACACGAUUCAGAUGCUGGAAGCUGAAGUCAGCUACCAGAAUGCUGACUCUGAGAGCAACGUCACCGAGAGUGACUAUGACGAACAGAACGCCUCGAGCGUUCCAGCCGCUCCGUGCUUUCAAACUAUCCAUCGAAUCUAUUGCAGCAAUCCAAGCCACAAUCACAGCAUGACGCUUUUCGAAGACGAACCGGUAGCCAAGACAAAGGCUGCAUCUUCUUUCGCGAUGAGACUUGAAGCCCGGGAUGAGAUAGAAAACUUGGAUUCCUAUUUAUCCGAGCAUCCAGAGUUCUGUUUCGUCGUCAUCAGAGAACACACUUGUGUCAGAGAUCAGGCUCGAGAGGUAUCCCAUCACCAAUCCGACUCAACAGACCACAAACCAUCACAGAGAUCUGAACGAUUGGCCAUCGUAUCACCGCUGCUCCGAAAAGGACUUGACCAAAUUGCACAGUAUACCCUCGAAGAAAGCCACUAUAUCGUGGAAGAUGGAAUGGGAAUGGACGCUCCUUAUCCUUUUCUCUUUCAUCAUAGAGAGAGGCUUGUCGAGCUUGCUGAUGACAACACAUACGGGCCAGUCCUGCUGCCUUUGAUAGAGUUUUUGAAUGAAAACUAUACAGAGGAGUAUGAAGAAGCAGUCAGAAUGUUCGAUAGGGGGGUCGUCAACGCCCGCCAUCUGCAGAAGCUUUUUCAGCCGAACCAAUUGGUCAUUUUGAAGACCUCUGACGAAUUCAAUGUCUAUGCGUUGGACGACUCCCCAGAGAUUUCGAAGGAAGACGUAUUAUUCACGGGAUGGUCGUAUUUUUAUGUUGAAGGCAGCUUACGACAAAGGAUGUGGCGCGAUACCAUGAGUCCUGUUGGCAAUGAAGACGUCAACAUAUCAAAUCUCAAGGUCCAUCCGGUCAGCUUCGGAAGAAAGGAAGACAUUCAAAAAUUGACAUCAAGGGGCGAAGCCUUUUGGAGAAUGAAAGGGCAAUACUAUGGGUGCUAUACUGGCUGGGAUCAUCGGCACGACCAUUGCUACUUCCAAUUUACCUCGACGGAGAUUCUCAUGUGGUCUGCUGCUAAAACAACCAAGAACUCAUCUCGAUUCAUGGUAGACCUAGCUACUCAUCAGCUCAUGCAUCCGCCAAAAAAACCUGAUUUUCACGUCCCGACCGAGCAUCCAAUCAACUAUGCCUGGCCAAAGAAAAUCAAGUGGGAGGACAAGAUAACACCCGAUACGAUUCUGCUUCUUCCUUCGACCGUGCACGGUUUCAAUCUUCAAGAGAAAAAAUGGGACGUGGAUAAAUUCCAUCCGGUCUCAUGGAACAAAAACGCAUUCAAGCGUCUGGUGCUUGAAGAGAAGACAAAGGAGAUGAUAUAUGCCCUCGUAGACAUUCAAACAGCCACGAAAAGAAUGGACGACAUCAUAACUGGGAAGGGGAACGGUCUCAUAGUUCUUCUUCAUGGCAGUCCUGGUACAGGGAAAACCCUGACAGCCGAGAGUGUGGCAGAAAUUGCAGAGAAGCCACUGUACCGUGUUACCUGCGGUGACAUCGGUACUGAGGCUCAAGAUGUUGAGAAGUAUCUAUCCACGGUUCUAUACCUGGGAAAGCUAUGGGACUGCGUUCUUUUGCUUGACGAAGCCGAUGUCUUCUUGGAAGAAAGAACUUUUGCCGACUUGCAAAGAAACAGUUUGGUGUCAGUUUUUCUACGAGUGUUGGAAUACUAUGAGGGUAUCCUCAUCCUCACAUCUAACCGCGUCGGCCACUUCGACGAAGCCUUCAAGUCGCGCAUCCAGGUGGCAAUCCAUUAUGAUAAUCUUUCCAAAAGAUCACGCAAAGCCAUCUGGCAAAACUUCCUCGAAAUGAUUGAGGAUUCUGUAGAUGAAGAUGCGAACAUCGCCGAGCUUGAAGCUCAUUUGGAUCAGCUAGCCUCGGAGGAGAUGAACGGCAGGCAAAUCCGUAAUGCCUUACUCACAGCAAGGCAAUUGGCCAAGCACCGGAAGGAACGGUUGGAAUGGGAGCACUUGGAUCAAGUAAUGAAGACUUCGGCGGCUUUCAACAAGUAUCUGAAGACGGUUCGUGGACAGAGUGACGAUAAGCUAGCACGAGACGAGGGGCGGCGAUGA